AUGUUCACACGUGUGUUCCCGACCAUAUUCAAUUUCAUCGAUUUUCGCUGCCUCCGGCAGGUCUCACUGGACCGUCUGCCCAUCCUUUGGUCCGCUCCAGAACUACUGGCCAACCCUCCCGUAUGGAAUCCGAAAAGUGAUGUCUGGUCCUUUGGAGUGCUUCUGUGGGAAAUCUUUUCGUUGGGCUCGACACCCUAUCCCUUCUGUGCGACGGAGGAGGCAGUGUUCGACCGUGUUCGUUCCGGUUGGCGUCUUACAGCGCCCACCAUUGUUCCCCGCCAACUGGAGAGCCUGUUCAGUCACUUCCUGUCGUCCUGCUGGGGUGCGGUGGGCCAACGGGACAGCCGACCUCCCUUCUCUGAGCUACUCUUGUUUCUGCGUCAGUUAUUGGUCCUGCCAGAAUCGGCACCGGCGCAUGUGUCGGAUGUAGCGGUAAGCUUACAUCCCCGCUCGUUGCACAUAGUUCUGCACCCUAUGUGGCGCACGCGUCGCCAAAUGCUUGUGGAUGUUUUUCCAUUUGCCCCGAGGGGAACCGGGGUGAUUGCGUGGCCGAUGAACGAUGUUAUUUCUCCAAGAAGAAACGAUUACUGCGAAUCGAAGAAGUUUGUAUACAAAGCAUAAAGCAGUAAAUAGGUUAUCCUGGGGAUGAAACGAGGUGAGUGUUUUUAAAAGUACAGACGACUAGAUUGUAUGGGUCUACAAUGGCCAAAGUCGUUUUGGACCUAGUAGCGACUGGCCAAGGCUUACAAUAAAAGACAAUGACUAGGGAUACCCUCAACGCCUGUAUCCAAACCUUUUGGUUAAGGAUUUUGGAGUGUUCUCUGGUGUCCUUCGAACAAUACCCUCUUCCCCUCUCAGAUGGUCUUGUCAUCGCAUCUCGCAUGUGACUAGACUUAUUGGCGCACAUGUCGUUUUUGCCAGCUGAUGAGGAAUGCUUUCAGACUGUUGGUGAUUACGUCUGACCCCGUAGGACAAUGAUGCCUACUUGUUUAAUAGUUUUCCGUAAUGAGUAGACAGGUAUGAGUUAAAAGCCCAGACACGCGUGUUUCGUCGAUCUUGUGCCUCUGUUUGAGCAGGUCUGUUCCAAAGGAGUUACUCGAAGUUUGCUUAUUAUUUUCUUGGACAUUAAACAAGGCAAGUCUCCUUAGUACGUUUCUGCGCCAACGAGUGACGUCAGUAGGCGUGCUCAGAGAGGGUGAGCUCAACUUCGACCAAUCAGCUAACACCAAAUUAUAUUUCAAGGAAAACAUGCCUAAAAAUAUUCAUUCUUUUGUUCAUUCGGUAGACAACUAGGUCUUCUUUUAAUUUUAUGCUCGGUGGAGGGACAUUAUUCAGUUUUAAAAUGAGGUAGUUCUCAGUGUGGAUAGGAAGAUUAGUGUUGUUGUUGAGCAGACAGCGGUCUCUUCCCCCAUCGUCAUUUGUCCUGGCAAGUUCCAACCUGAGAACGGGAACCGAAGUCAUUCAGUCGUCCAAGCAGCCUGUUACCUAGAGAAGCUGUCCGACAGUGGUUGCGUUUUUGGCUUGCUCUAAUCCCCGGAGUAGUGGGCGGGCUUCUCUGUUCAUCUCACCGGCGGACUAAUUCAAAGUGCCAUAAUUGUGCCGGCCAGCAGCUGGUGUGGACUUUAAUGGAAGGACCGGAAAUUUUGCCACCGUCGUACUACCGUUGCCCUGUUUCCCGCUUACAGAUCGACGAGUUUUCGCGUUGGUUUCCAGCCACGAGGAUAGUCCAUGAUGAGGAGAACGUAAUUUAUAGUGAAAGAUAAAAAAAAUAACGAAAAUGGUUAGUAUUGAUAUUUCGAGAGCUUUUCUUAUGGAAUGCUGACUGAAAACCGAAAAUUUAUUUUCAGUUCGAAAAGAUUACUAAGGUAUGGUUGCCAUGUUACUAAUCUCGUCGCAUAGUGUCAAUAUAUUCCAGUCACAUAAUGAUGUCGACUAUGGAACGAGCUUAUUUUGUAAAAGAUGACUACUUGAGUAGCAUGAAUUUUCACGGUUGGCUUUCGAUGCUUUUAUAGAAAACAUGCAAAAAUAUUCCUUCUUUUAAUACUUUUGUAGCAAAUUACAUCUUCAAAUUUUUGUACUUGAAGAGCAUCUUCCGGUUUUAAAGAAAGUUUUACAAUUCCCGGAUAAUUUCGAAGCCGACCUUCCGUUACACUUGCAUUUAGAAUUUCCAGACUACAAGCCGCACAGUUUUCCUGCAGGAGAAUUCAUAAACUUCUAUGUACUAUUUAAAAGAACAUAUAAGGCUCACAAAAUUUUGCAAUGAACGGUAACGUUGUCCACUUUAUAAGCAGCAUUUAUAUAUGUACUGAUGUGGUACUGUAUGAUCGGACAUCUCACGUUUAUGAAAAAUCUCAUAUUUAAAGACCCUUUUAAAACCGCAAGACACUCUUCCCUCAAGUGUAAAGUUUGAAGAAGAUGUAAUUUGCUAUCAAAUGACUAGAGAAAUGAAUAUUUCGCGCAUAUUUUCUACUACAUACAUUUGGAUAAGGUCAUCGAAAAUAAAUGAGGGAAACUCAAGCUGCUUGCGCAAUCAUUUUUGCCAAGGUCUAUUUUACGAAGUAGUCGAUAAAAAGCCCGGUCGAAACUUAGCAUCUCGAAGUAUCUGGAUUCUUUUGUGAAAUUGCUGCGUGAAGAUUACUAUCGCAACCCUUCUAGAGUAAUCCUUUAGAGUCGCGAACGCAUUUCGGAAUUUCGGUCAAGUUUCCUGAGAUAGCACAUCUAAUGUGGGUGUUUUGUAUCGAAGAAGUCUUUCUUGCCAUUUCACGGCCCAUUUGAUGAGGGCGGUUAGGUUUUGCAUUGGACUCCGGUCUGAGUGGGAUGAUGAUUAUUCCCUGAUCGCAAAUGGAGAGGCUGGCUGCUAGGAGAGUCAACCUCUUCCGACCGAUGGACUGGCCCGCAUAAUUGUAUUGUUCAUGCGGCGGCCUUUGCCGUGGUUAUAACCGAAGCAGUCCUUCACGAACGCCAGAGAAAGAGAGAGGACUGUGCUGUUCGAGCCUAAGUCGACUGAAUGGCGGACAGUCAGCUAAUUUGAGACUAACUAGUUGACGGUUGCCGUGCAACAGCGACUUUUCGGCGAAAAUGAAUGGCCUUGGGGCAUUCCAUUCUCGAAGCAAACAAAGCGACUGGCAUAGUGAUCGCGCUUGCACACAACUCCCAGCGAGUGGUUUUGGAUGUCUUACAAAUUGCACAACUCUGUCAUGCGAGCAUGGUGAUACCUUAUUUGGAUAUUUUAGUCGCAAUAAAUGCCUCUUCUUACAUGGGGACAGGUCAGUUGCACAUGUAGCCAGUCUGAUUUAGGCUCGCGUCUUUGCAUUUGCAAUCAUAGAUAAGUGUUGUCCGACGGUUCUGUUUAUGCCCUUCUCAUGCCUCAUCGUUAAUUUGGCAUCUCCCCGGACUGAUAUUUGCGUGCUUGCCACCCAUUUUGGACGUCAAUUUAAACCUUCCUGUUACUUUCGAGAAAAAAAGAGUGAUUACAGUGGUUUUAGCUGGCUUAUUUGCCAUAACUGGCGGCGAUCGCAUAUUGGUUUACCGUAUAAAGCUUAAGUGAACAUUUUGAUUCCAAAAGUUGUAUUUUACGUGUCUCGUCAAUAAAGACCAAGGCUUGUGGUUCUUCCUCUUGGCACGCACGGAAGCCUGUUCAAAAACGAAGCUGUUCUGGGAGUGGUGCGGCAAUGUUUCUUAAAAAAACAUCGAACGCCUGA